AUGGAAACUUCAGUAUUAAGACAUCUCAAAGGAAUCCCUGUAAUGGUCUCCAGAUACGAAGAGGCCGCGGAGCCGGCGCCAGCCGGGCGCGCCGCCGAGCCGCGCGCCAUAGGCAACAUCCAGAAGAAGCUGACCGGCAAGAGCGAGGGCGGCGGGCGGCCGGAGAGGGGCGCGCCGCGGCGGGGCCGGGCGCCGGAGGCCGGCGCGGACAAGCGGAACCGGCCGCGGGCCCUGGCGACGGCGGGCGGCGCCAGUAGGCACCCGAGCGGCCGGCGGGGCGCCGAGGACCCCGCGUCCAGCGCGCCCCCUGGGCCCGGCGCGUCCCCCGGACGUGGCGCGCCGCCGCCGCCGCCGGCGUCCGCCGCCCUGGUCGGCCCCGCCGGCCUGAAGAGCCAGGGUAACGAGCUCUUUAAAAACCGGCAGUUCGCCGAGGCGGCUCUCAGGUACUCGGCGGCGAUCGCGCAGCUGGAGCCUGCAGGAAGUGGAAGUGCAGAUGAUCUGAGUAUCUUAUAUUCAAAUAGAGCAGCAUGUUACCUAAAAGACGGAAACUGCAGUGGCUGCAUUCAAGACUGUAACAGGGCUCUGGAACUUCAUCCAUUCUCAAUCAAGCCUCUUCUUCGACAAGCAAUGGCCUAUGAAACUUUAGAGCAGUAUCAGAAAGCUUAUGUGGAUUAUAAAACAGUGUUGCAAAUAGACUGCGGAAUCCAGAUAGCAAAUGACAGUGUUAACAGGAUAAGAAAAAUGUUAAUGGCCCUGGAUGGACCAAGCUGGCGGGAGAAGCUGUCGCCCAUUCCUGCUGUGCCCACUUCCGCACCAUUGCGAGCUUGGCGGCCUGUGGCAGAGACGCCCCCAGACCAAGUGGGAGAUUCCUGCAGCCAUCACCAACCGGGCAUCACAGAUGAAAAAAUGUUUAAAACCCUUAAAGAAGAAGGAAAUCAAUGUGUAAAGGACAAAAACUAUAAAGAUGCCCUUAGUACAUACAGUGAAUGCUUAAAGAUUAACAACAAGGAAUGUGCCAUUUAUACAAACAGAGCCCUCUGUUACUUGAAGCUGGGCCAGUUUUAAGAGGCAAAGCAGGGCUGUGACCAGGCGCUUCAGAUAGAUCUCAGCAAUGUGACAGCAUGCUAUAGACGAGCUCUUGCUCACAAAGGACUCAAGAAUUAUCAGAAAAGUUUAAAUGAUCUCCAUAAAGUUCUCCUACUAGACCCAAAUAUUAUUGAGGCAAAGAUGGAACUGGAAGAGGUCACCAGAAUCCUGAAUGUUCAGGAUAAUGCAGCAUCGUUCAACAAAGAAAAGGAGAGAAGGAAAAUUGAGAUUCAAGAGGUGAAUGAAGGCCGUAAAGAGCAGCCUGAAAGGACCUCGGAGGACGUCUCCACUGACUCCCGUGCUUCUGAGAAGGGGGACACAAGCAACGGGCCCCGAGAAUUCUAUGAGAAACUACCAAUCCCCAAGCCUAACAAUGCCUACGAAGUUGGCCAGGUUAUAAACGCCGUCAGUACUAGGAAAGAUAAAGAAGCCUGUGCACACCUGUUAGCCAUCACUGAACCGAAAGACUUGCCAGUGUCGUUGAGUAACAAACUUGAAGGGGAUACAUUCCUGCUCCUCAUCCAGUCUCUGAAAAAUAAUCUUAUUGAUAAAGAUCCUUCUUUGGUAUAUCAGCAUCUUUUAUAUCUGAGUAAAGCAGAAAGGUUUAAGAUGAUGUUGACAAUCUUGAUUAGCAAGGGCCGAAAGGAGCAGAUUAAACAGCUCUUUGAUGACCUCUCAGACACACUAAACAAACAUUUUACUUUAGAAGAUGUGCAGGCCCUCAAAAGGCAGUAUGAGCUUUAAAUAAAGAUUAUUGUUAGAUUUCUUCCAUGCAUGUAUAUGUUCCAGUAAUGCUAAUGAGAUGGUAUUGUAAUAGAGUUGCAUGGAUAAAAGCUGGCUUAGAAAAGAUCCCUUGGUCUGGACUAUAAAAUAUUUUACUUAUUUUUAUACAUAGAACACAUAUAUUCUACAAUCUGCUUUUUAUUAGUUGUAAAU